AUGAAUGCAGGGCCUCUAAAUAUCUCAACGCAUGUUGAGAUAGACACCGCCAGUGCCGCUGCAUACUGCUCCUCAUACUUCGAAUACGUGCACCCGAUAAUCAUCGCUUCCAAGGAGACUUUAGGCCAUGCUCAGGCCGCGAUUGCAAUGGCUAUCUUCGCCCGCAACACUUCCUGCAUUAACAUUGAAAAAUCGCUUACGACUCACGCAGCCAGGGUUGUGCAGACGCUCGGUCUUAAUCGAGCUAUCCACGAUGGCGAGAAUAUUGAUUUGUGCCAGCGAAUAUACUGGGUGGUCUAUAUAUUGGAAAAAACGCAGUCGUUCAUUUGCGAUAGGGACUCUGUCAUCGUUGACUCGAAUAUUGGCACACCAGUCCCCAAAAUCCCAGAGGCGAUGUUUGGCGGCUUUGAUUACUUCCGCGCAAUGUGUCGGUUUAGCCGGCUGCUAUCCAAAGCCCAGAGUGCCCUGUUCACGAUAAGUGCCACAUUGAUAUCGCCUAGUCUCUUAGUUCCCGCUAUUGACGACUUUGAGCUUGAGCUUGAAAAAUGGAAACAAUCCAUUCCCGAGCACUUCCGGCCCGGGUCUAGCCUACAUUCUGUUGGACUGGGAAUCCUAUCAGCGGAGACAAAGCUGAAAAUUAACUUCCAGUACUAUAGCUCAGUUAUUGCCCUGGCUCGAUUAAAACUGAGUGUUUUGCCUGAGGAGUCAAGUCACAAAAGACAAGAAGCUGAACAAAGGCUUCUGCACACUUCUCGUGCGAUCAUUGAUCUCACAAGAUACAUUGACUUGGAAGCCUACACCCCAGUCUCAACUCUUCUCACAGUUCCAUUGUCCGCUAUCUUUAUACUAUUCGAUUUUGUAGUUCAUCACCCCUCCCACGCGGAAACGAAGACGAAUAUUGCAUUGCUAGGCGUGGCCGCCGGAUAUUUCUGCCGUCUUGAAGUCUCGUCGAAUGGGCGCUUUCAAACCGCGCUUCUCUCGGAUUUGACUCAAAUCGCUCGUGAUUACAUAAAAGAUAUGAACGCCAAUAUUCCAGCAGCGACACUGGGAUUUUCAAAUACCUCAUAUACUCACAGUCAUUCGCACCCAAGAGAAGAAUUUGAAGGAAACCAGCAAGACCUUUCAAAGAGUUCACAUCCGUUAUUCCAAGACCCAAAAUCACAAUUAGAUGUAAACAAUGAGCCCCCCCCCAUCUUCUCAGUGGAGACUUUUGUGCCCCUUCCGUCGAUGAUGGCUUUUCGGAAGCUUUUGAUUUGGCAGGUCUUUUUGCGGGCGACUUGUCAGGUCACAUUGAUCUCUUCGCAGCGCAUGUAUCUCAAGAAACUGACUUUAUGGUCCGCCAAUAAUGUGACGAUUUUCUUUGUAUGCUGA